AUGAAAAAGAUCAUUAGUGAUAACAGGGAUCAAACCGUGGAAUUGUGUUAUAGUUUGUCGGUGAGAGGGCUGAUUUGGUCGUCGGGACAGACAAAAGAUGACGUCGCUUGGAAUCCCGUGAUGGCCGUUGUUGUUCCAGAGAAGAAACCAAAUGAUCACAUGGGUUGGGGCCAAGCGAUGGAUAUUGACGGUUGUGAUCCGUGGUUAAAAGAGUACGUGGAUUUUUCCAAGUGUUUUUUGUUCAGUUCUAGUGCGGGUGGCAACAUGGUUUUCCAUGCGGCUUUACGUGCAUUGAACAUUGAUAUCUCGCUGGUGAAAAUUAUAGGGCUGAUAAUGAAUCAAUCGUACUUCAGUGGAGUGGAAAGGGCUGAAUCGGAGAAGAGAUUCCUCAAUGAUCGGAUCUUGCGUCUACCUGAUAAUGAUCUUAUGUGGUCCUUGGCUUUGCCGGACGGAGCUGACCGUGAUCAUGAAUUAUGUAAUCCGAUGGCUGCUGAUGAGUCCCUUAAGGAGAAGAUGGGACGACUGCCACAGUGUUUGGUGUAUGGCCACCACGAGAUUCCACUGAUCGACAAGCAGAAGGAGUUGGUGAGAAUACUGGAGGCACAUGGGGUGGAAGUGGUGGCGGAGUUCCUCGAAUGA